GCCGAGCGGCAGAGCGCGGCUGGCCGGCGGGGAUGCGGGACCGCCUGCCGGACCUGACGGCGUGUAGGAAAAAUGAUGAUGGAGACACUAUUGUUGUUGUUGAGAAGGACCAUUUUAUGGAAGAUUUCUUCCACCAGGUGGAGGAGAUUAGAAGCAGUAUCUCCAGAAUAUCUCAGUACGUGGAAGAUGUUAAGAAAAAACACAGCUUCAUUCUUUCAGCCCCAAACCCAGAAGGAAAAAUAAAAGAAGAGCUUGAAGACCUGAACAAAGAAAUCAAGAAAACUGCAAACAAAAUCCGAGCCAAGUUAAAGUCUAUUGAGCAGAGUUUUGAUGAGGAUGAGAGUGGGAACCGAACCUCAGUGGAUCUUCGGAUCCGACGGACCCAGCAUUCAGUGCUGUCUCGAAAGUUUGUGGAAGUCAUGACAGAAUACAAUGAAGCACAGACCGUAUUUCGGGAGCGAAGCAAAGGACGCAUCCAGCGCCAGCUAGAAAUCACUGGAAGGACCACCACCAAUGAUGAGCUGGAGGAGAUGCUGGAGAGCGGGAAGCCAUCCAUCUUCAUCUCCGAUAUUAUAUCAGAUUCACAAAUUACCAGACAAGCUCUCAAUGAAAUUGAGUCACGCCACAAGGACAUCAUGAAGCUGGAGACCAGUAUCCGGGAGCUGCAUGAGAUGUUUAUGGACAUGGCCAUGUUUGUGGAGACUCAGGGGGAAAUGAUCAACAACAUAGAGAAGAAUGUUGCGAGUGCUGCAGACUAUGUAGAACAUGCCAAAGAAGAAACAAAGAAAGCCAUCAAGUACCAGAGCAAAGCAAGGCGGAAAAAGUGGAUAAUUGCCGCUGUGUCAGUGGUGCUCAUUGCUGUGCUUGCUCUAAUCAUUGGCUUAUCGGUUGGCAAGUGAUGCUGAAUGCUUGCCUCUCCACCAGGGUGGCAAAAAUGAUGUUCAUUGCUAUCUGUGUAGUUAUUUUUCUUGUGAUCCUUGGAAUUAUCCUAGCGACAACAUUGUCAUAGCAACCAUAUCCCAGGAGCAAUUUGUCCUUGGAGACUCAGACCACAUCUGCAGCAGAGACAACAUCCUGUUCUUCCUUGAGUGAAUCUUGGACAUAGACUUGGUGUUGAGUGCCAGAGAAAGCACAGAAGACAGCUUUGCAUCACAAGAACACCGGGAGCUGAGUGUGUGAGAUAUGAUACCCUACAUGUCCAUGGACUGAGUAACACUCCUCAAAGAUUUCACACUGUGAUAAUUGCUUCAGUGGCUUUGAAAUAAGCAAUGAAACAUGUCAGUGUUUACAAUGGAGUGAGGUUCAGUUAGGGAGUACUUUAUGCUACAGAGCUGAUAGGGUCCAGACCCAGGCUUUCCCCCUCACCUUUCAGCCAGCAUAUACUAACUAAGACAUUUUUGUACUAUGUUUAAUUAGUCUUUAUGUGUUGUUUGCAGAGAUAAUUUUUAUUCUCACAAAGCUGUUUUAUAAAGUAUCUGUAAUUUUAAGUGUCUAUAAAUUAGUUGUUUAAUAUAUUAA